CCAAGGCUUGCUUCCUAUUCCAACCGUAAAAAUCACCAUGCCCAACCUAACAGUUAUUUUAGAAGACAUUGAACUCAGUUCCCUUCGUGAAAGCGGUGGGGCUGUUCAGAACAUUGUCGAGUCAACACUGAUAGCACCAGCACCGCCCUCGCCAAUCCAAUAUCCGCGAGGAGUCAAACUAGCAUUCAUCACAGUCGGCCUUGUUCUCAGCAUCUUCCUUGCCGCACUUGACAGUACUAUCAUUGCGACGGCUAUACCUAGCAUCACGGAUCAGUUUGGCAGCAUUGCCAACAUUGCCUGGUACGGUUCGGCAUACUCUAUUACGAAUACCGCGUUCCAGUCUUCUUGGGGGAAGGCCUAUGGUUAUUUCGACCUGAAGCGUGUGUUUUUGCUCGCGAUUUUCGUCUUCGAAGCGGGAAAUGUCAUUUGUACGAGUGCGCAAAGUAGUGAAGCGUUAAUUCUAGGAAGAGUUGUAGCAGGAAUCGGCGGUGGGGGUCUCAUGACAGGCGCCUUCAUCAUCAUCGCGCUCACGGUGAAGCCGCAGUACCGCGCAGCGUAUAUGGGGGUUUUAGGUGUCACUUUUGGGUGUGCGAGUGUGGUGGGUCCAUUGAUGGGCGGAGCGCUGACAGAUGGGCCUGGAUGGAGAUGGUGUUUUUGGGUGAGCCUUCCGAUUGGAUUCCUUGCUACUGUCACUAUGGUAUUCUUCUUCACGUCGCCAAUACCACCUAAAGAAGCGACGCUAAAGGAGAAGGUGGUGUGCAUGGAUCUCAACGGCGGAGUGCUGGUUACUGGGGCCCUGUCGUGUUUCGUCCUCGCAAUGCACUGGGCAGGCAUCCGUUCUUGGAACUCACCCGCCAUUAUUCUCAGCUUGGCUGGUUUUGGGACCUUAUCAAUCGUCUUUCUCCUCAAUGAGCGCUUCAUGGGUCCGAAGGCGAUGAUACAGUCACAUCUACUCCGAUCACGACGUGUUCUCACUAACCUGAUCUACAUAUUCUGCCUCGCGGGCGUCUUCUUUCCCUUACUAUACUCCCUACCAAUUCAGUUCCAGUCCAUCAACAACAACUCGGCGUCCCAGAGCGGCGUGCGACUCAUCCCACUAGUACUUGGUGUCUCUGCAUUCACCAUGGUAGCAAACGCACUACUCACAUAUUGGCGACACUACAACCCCUUCUUAGUCAUUGGCGCUAUAGCGGCUACAAUUGGGGUGAGCAUGAUCUAUACACUAGACAUGCAGACGUCUUCCAGAGUCUGGAUUGGGUAUGAACUGUUGACGGCCAUGGGAGUUGGAUUGGCCUUGCAGAUUCCAAUGAUCGCGAACCAAGCUGCAGUUUCUACCGAGGAUAUGGCCUCCGCCACUUCGCUAUCUUUAUUUAUGGAAAACGUAGGAACCAGUCUCUUUGUUGCAGGCUCCGAAGCCGCUUUCACCAACGGCCUGCUGCAUAGUCUGAUUAAAAAGGCGCCUACGUUGGAUGCAAACGAGGUACUAGGGGCAGGUGUAACACAAAUACGAUCAUCUUUUACUCAAAAUGAGGUCAAGAUAAUUCUUGCAAGCUAUUUGGAUGGAUGCAGGGUCAGUCACGUCGUGAGCGUGGCCUGUGGUGCCGCAGCCUGCCUUGUCGCGAUUGUAGGCGUAGCACCGACUGCAUCACAGGAGCUUAAAAGGAGAAGAAAGAAACCACACGAGCCGUGA